AUGUCUUGGUCGAGUUGGUGCUUACCUUUCACUUGUGCCUCCUUAAAACGAGAAAAACAAACAGAAAAUGCCAUCCGAGAUAAGAAAUGGGUUGUCAGAAAAGAUAAGGGCGAAAGUGCGGACUCAAAAAAGUCUAUUGGUUUAGCUUUACAUGACAAAAUUGUUCAAAACGAUGCGAAAGGUGCUGAAGAACUCAUUGCUGCUGGUGCAGAUGUGAACGAGGGGAUUCUUUUUGCAACUAAAGUUUUUGCUCCAGAUAGACGCACAGUUUACAAGGACAUAAUUGCUUAUCCCUUGCAUGUUGCUUGCAUUUACCGUCGUCCCAAGAUUGUCGAGAUGUUACUGAAAAAUGGAGCAGUGCCGAACCUUACUGAUAAAUUGGGGCGGUGUCCUGUUCAGCUUGUCAUAACUUAUUGGCCGCGGUUGAUGGUUUGUCUCGAUCAAAAGGCUAUGUCUAAGGAAGACAUUGAAUAUCAGAGCUAUUUGAAACGACAGCACGAAAGAUGCAAGGACUGUCUUGUGUAUCUGUGUGAAAGUGGUGCAAAUAUCGAUAUCCAAAUAAACAGUGAAAAAGAAACCCUUGCCCACUUAGCUGCCAAGCACAACAUCACUUGGAGCAUAGAUGUGCUGUCAAAGUAUGGUGCCAACUUAAACGCCAGGGACUCAUCAGGAUGUACUCCUGCCUUGACAGCUGCAAGAUAUGGGAGUUUUGAGUUUUUGUUUCUGAUGAUAGACUUGGGACUAGAUGUGACUGUGAAGGACAACUUUGGAUGCACUAUUCUAAGUCAUGCCUGUGAGAAUGACAGAUCCCCUCAUGCUAAACAUGUGAAUAAACUCUUAAAAUUGGAAGGUUUAAAAGGAAUGGUGAACACACAAGAUGCCAAUGGAAACAGUCCUCUCCAUGUGGCAGCUGGUGGUGGGCGAGAAGCUGCUAUCCACGCCCUCAUUGAACAUGGGGCACAUCCUGACCUGGUAAACAUCUCUGGAUGUUCCAUCUUGUUCAAUAUCUUAGAUUCAUACCAAAAUGCAAGAUGUCACUGUGGGCUUCAGAAAAUCCUUGCCGAGACGCUUCAAGUGAAGAUAAUGGACAACUCCUUCAGAGAACCAUUGUUGCUUGGCCUACCAGAAUUUACCAACCUUCGAGAGGCCCUGUUGAAAGCUUCAAAAAUCCCUGCAUCUUUGCAGAUGGCAUGCAGAAAUACAAUACGGCAGGCUCUCGGAUACCAAAGACUAAAUGCAGACUCUUUGUUCCAGCUUCCUUGUGCUCCAAAGUUAAGCAGAUACGUUUUACUGAAUACCCUGAAAUACUGCUGA